AUGGUUGCUAAGAGUUUAAUGUCAUUUGUAACAAUCGGCGCAUUGUUAGUAAUUACUACUUUAUUCACAACUAGAAUCAUUGAAUACGAUGAUAUUACAAAAGCUCAAUGCUUGAAAUUAGUCUCAAAUGACGAAUAACCUGAAUUUGAAUAGUCUUUUAUUGUCUAAAAUAUUUGCAGUUAUCCUAAGGCCUUUUCUUUUUUAUUUGAUAAUGAAGAAGGUGAGAGAAUUUAUGCUGUUACUAGCUGUUUGAAAAAGAACUAAACUGAAUUAAUAAUGAAAUAUUAACAAGGAUUUGAUGUUACAUUUACUGAAAGAGAUUGUAAUAAUUUAACUUAUACUGCUCAUUGA